CAAGAGCCUUUCUUCCUUACGAUCCUGCUGGAAGCCCGCACCCGCCUCAGUGUUGCCGACAUGGCCGAGCGUCGCAUUGAUCCCGAAGAUGGUGCCGCGUACACCUGGGAGGAGUUCUCGGCGUAUUAUGCUGGAAAGUAUAAGAAAAAGGCCGUUGAAGCGUAUUGGGAGGAGUGCGAGAAGCGAGGACGGACACGUGCUUCGGCCAAGGCCAAGGCCAAGGACGAAGCAUGGGGGAAAAAGGCAGAGCCAAAAGCAGCUCCGAAGGCUGGCGAAGGCCAAGGCCAAAGUGAAGGCCAAGGCCAAGGCCAAGGAUGCGAAGGAGAGGUCAAGUCUGCGGGCAACUUCAAGGUCUGUGUCUGUGGCGGUGCGGGUGGCAUCGGCCAGCCGCUGUCCAUGCUCAUGGCCUUGGAUCCCAAUGUCAAGGAGUUGUGUGUCUUCGAUCUCAGCGUCGCUAUGGUGCCCCCUGCCGGCGUCGCUGCGGAUCUUGGCCACUUGGAGAGGAAGAGCGAGGUGAAGGGCUACGUUAUGGAGGUUGGGCAGAAGCCAAUUGACAACCUCAAAGAGUGCCUCACGGGUUGUGAUCUGGUCUUGGUGCCUGCGGGCAUGCCCCGCAAGCCUGGCAUGACUCGUGAUGACCUCUUCAAGGUAAACGCUGAUAUUGCCAAGGGCAUUGUCGAGGCUUGCGCGAAGUUUUGCCCCGAUGCUGUCCUGGGCCUUGUCGUGAACCCCGUGAAUUCCAUCGUGCCAGCCAUGGCUGAGCUGUACAAGAAGAAGGGCCUGGACCCCCUAAAGAUCGUCGGAGUCACCACGCUGGAUGUCGUUCGCGCCAACAAGUUUUGCGGCGAGAUCAUGAACAAGAAUCCAAACUAUAUUAAUGUGCCCGUUGUGGGUGGCCACGCUGGAACCACCAUCCUGCCGCUAUUCUCGCAGGACAAGGUGGCCAAGCUCAUCCCCGAGGACAAGAUCCCUGACCUGGACAAGCACGUGCAGGAUGCUGGAACUGAUGUGGUGAAUGCGAAGAGUGGCAAGGGCAGCGCGACACUGUCAAUGGCUUAUGCAGGCGCCCGCCUGGGCAGGUCCGUGCUUGCGGGCCUGAUGGGCAAGAAACGAACAGAGUGCGCCUACGUGAAGUCUGACAUUACGGACCUGCCCUACUUUGCCUCCAAGGUGCAGUUCGGCGAGAAAGGUGUGUCGAAGGUCCUCCCCAUCGGAGAGUUGAACGAGUACGAGACCAAGCGAAUGGAGGAGGUGAAGGCUCAGCUGAAGGGCGAGAUUGAGACCGGCCUGAAGUACGCGGAGGACUGAACAGCUUGGCCGACUGAGUUUGCCGGCCAGGGAAGGCCUUGCCGCGUUAAGAUGCCCCCUCUCAACAGUGAGGCCGUCGUGGUGGCCGCAUUGAGGGCCGCAUUGAGGGCCGCAUUGUUGGCUGCUGUGCGCUUUCGAAAAGCCUCGGGCUUUUAAAGCCAGCGAUUCUCCAUAGCAAUAUCCUGCUCCCC